UGUCAUUUCAGACAUUAAUCGCUGUACGUAAGGAUAAAGCAGAAAAAAAAAUACAAAUACAAUGUGAUAUGGAGAUUAAAAGAGUUUAAAAUAAUGUUAUUAAUAUAGCUAUUCUUAUAAAAAAAACAUUUUCAGAAGAUAUGAAAUAAUAUCUAAUUAAACGUGUCUGUUACGUGCAGCAAGAAAUAAAUCGAUGCCGAGGCAUUAUUUUGUACCCAAAGCAUGAAACUCGUGAAUUAAAUAUUAUCUGAUAGAGGUUGUAAAUGUGUCAUAGACAUUCAAAGAUAUUUUGAAAAAGUAAACAAAAAACAAAACAAAAAGGAAACAUUAAGAAAUCAUGAAGGCCAGAAGAAAUACGUUAAUCUAUCUUUUAUUAAAUGUUAUAAUCGAGAUGUUAAUUACUUAUGAAUUGGCAGAUACGGCCUACAGUGCGGUAAAAGAAACGGAAAUCAGGAGCGAGACUGUUCUUGAUGCUUCGUAUGAUCCUGUUUCUCGGCCUAAAUUACAAACGCACGUAAAAGCAGGUCUAAAUGUUCUCGCCAUAGACGAACUGGAUUUAAAGGGACAGAAACUCACAAUGGCUGGUUGGUUGACAUUCGAAUGGGAAGACGACAGAAUUGUUUGGGACAAGUCAGCCAAGGACGACAUAGAGUACAUAUUUACACAGCCAAAAUAUAUAUGGAAACCGGAACUUGUAGUUGACAAUGCCCUUGCUGACCUAGGAGGUAUAGAGAGUAACGAUCUGUUAAUGAGAGUAAAAUAUACUGGAGAGGUCGAGUGGGAGCCCCCGAUUCUAAUUUCUACCCACUGUCAGGUGGAUAUAACAUACUACCCUUAUGACCAACAAAAGUGUGCCAUUGAAAUCGUCAGUUGGACAUAUACUAUAGAAGAAGUUAAACUUGACCACUUACAUGAGAAAGUUAAUCUUGAAGAUUUUGAAAUGCACGGUGAAUGGGAAAUAACACAUACAGAAAUUGAGGACAAAAAUCUAACAGAACAUCUGCCGGACGGAACAGUAAGGGUGUAUCCACAGCUUGAUUUCUGGAUUUAUCUAAGGCGGAGAACACAGUUUUACAACUUGAAUGUUAUGAUGCCAAUUAUUCUGACAUCGCUGAUGGUUGCCUUGGUUUUCAUCGUUCCUGUUGAUUCGGGAGAGAAACUCUCCUACGUUCUUACGGUCUUUUUGGCGCUUGCAGUUCUUCUGACCAUCGUCGCAAAUUCGCUGCCACCAACUUCAAUAACAAUUUCAGUCUUAGGUCUGUAUCUUGGCAUUGUGCUGAUUUUGGCAGCAGUUGGCAUCUUGAUAACAGUUCUUAUUCUAAUCAUGAACCACAAAGAAGGUCAACCAGAAGAAAACUCGUUCAUUGUUACAAUAACUAGAUGCACAGCCAAAAUGAUGUGCUGGAAUUCGUCGGCUUUAAAUUCAAUGCCAAAUGACAAAGUUUCACCAAUGAAAGCUGGUGGCGUCGUAUCUACUGAGAAGCAUAAUGACGUCAAAUAUGACGUCACAGGUGACACUCUGAAGAGAGAUCAGUCUUGGGCUGACAAUAACAUUGAACUCACAUGGAAAGUUAUGGCACAAAUAUUAGAUAGAUUUUGUUUCUACGUCUUUCUAAUCAUUACUGUAGUAAUGAAUUUUUCGUUCGUAGUUGCUCUCGCUACAGGCGGACGGACAAACGGACACUGAAGAUUUACCUUCAAAACCCGAACUAGAUGGUUUAAUAUGUUGACACUGUUAUGCACAUUUUGUAUGUUUCUUUUCAAGUUGAACCAUUUUACUGGUGUCAAGUAAUGCUGCUAGUGAAGGGCGAUAUGAAAUAUCAAUAAAAAAAUUGAUUCUUCAGUUAUGGUAAUUUAGGCUGUUCAGUACGAUGUGAUAUACUCCGCAAAGUAAAUAAGAUUAACUGACUAUUUUAAUAACUCUGCGAUCUUGUGUUUUUUACAGAAUUUUAGAAACGUUCAACACCAUAUAUUAAUUGUCACUAGUCAGUUUGACUGGCUAUUUCAGUAAAUGUACCAUAUCAAAACUUUAUGCUGCUUUUGUUGUCCAUUUAAUAAAAAUUGAACCAAUAUAGAGCUGCUGGGACACAGUCUUUUAUUUAUAGCACUGUUGUGCAUGUGUAUUAAUAAAACUAAUUUGCAUAUUCAUGAAUACUGAAGAGAAUGUUACCAAAUGAAAAGCUUUGUUAUAAAAUACUUGUAACGUAUUUAAUCAAUUUCAAUACAUUAAACAACUUUCUGAUCUUAAAGUCUCUCAGUGUUUUCUGAAAAAAGGUACGUUCGUUACUUCAUACUAGGUAUGCUUAACUAAUUUGCAUAAAAUGAAUGAGUACUACAGUAAAUGUUUCAGAAAAACAAACUAGCUCCAACACGGAUUGGUAUGAUAAUUAAUUAAAAUCAAUACAUUGAUGGUCAUAUGAGCUGAUUUUUAUGAAAAUAUAGAGUAAACAGUUAAGGACGCUCGCUACAGUUUUGUAAAUGUUUUCUCAAUAAAUAGAUUUUGAUGAAAUGUUCUGUUUUUAAAGAUCAUGUUAUGAUGUAUUGAAAAAUCAAAUAAAAAUACU